UCCAAGUAGGGCUGGCUAUUUGUUCCGGAUUGUUUGGUUUUACCCGAAAUCGGACUGUAUAGCCCGGACUGGGACCGGAGAGCAAACAAUCCAAUCUCAUAUUCGGGUUUAGAUUUGAGGUAAAACAACCGGAUAAGAGACCCCAACACUCAAAUCCCCACAAGCUCAAUCUAAAAUCAAGAUCGAAUUGGGACCGGACCGGAUCAAGACUAAACUUUAUCAAAUCCAAUCUUUGAUCCUUAUAUUCCCGAAAAGACCAGACUGAGAUCGGAUCGAUUUGGUCCAAUUUAACCGGACCGGACUGUAUAGCCACCCUAAAUCCAAGUAAGUGAAAGCGAGCGGUAUCUGUAAACUGUGAUGAAGACGGGGAGAGGAAAUUUUUUUUAGCUGUACGGGCUGGGCUUUUUAUUCAAUGUUGAGAUGGGCCCCACCCUAGACUUUCAUUUAAUUUUGAACGGGAAGGCCCAUUCCCAUGCCACGCCUCAUUAUUAACCCCGCUCUUUGCUGUCCCCUUCCCCAAUCAUCCCCUACGUACCACCACACGUGCACCCUAAUUAGGUAAAUAAAUAGUUUGGCCCGAAGUUUAGGGUAAUGUGAUAGUUCUGGCCUCAUUUUUCAUAUAAGACAUUUAUGGCCUACUUUUGAAAUUAUUGGACAAAUUUGACCUAAAAUUUUCUUUGACUGUUAAUAUUGACGGUCAAACACUAUUUCGUUAGUGACUCAACAAAAAACACCGGUGUGGCAUGCCACAUCAUUAAAUAAUAUAAUUUAAUUUUUAUAAUUCAAUUAAAAAAAGUUAAGAAAUUAAGAAAAUCUCUUCAUAUUUUCCCAAAAUCCCAAAAUUGAAACCCUAAACUAAAUUAACAUCAUCGUCAACAGGAGGCGCAUCCUCCGAUGCAGUAUUUGGCAGUGAGCGGAGGAGGUGAGCUCGAAGGACAGGUGGACAACUGGAGUGGUCCAGAUCACCGGCGAGAUCCAGAUCCAAGCAAGGCCGCUGCGAGCCUGCGACUGUGCAAUACACCAACUAGAGCAAGCUCAACAGUAAUCAGGCUGCUCGCUAGUUGUGGGUUUUGGGAAGGAAUGGGAGAGGCGACAGAGUGGUGGUCGUCGGAGAUGGAGGAGGCGCCUCCCUCUUGAGGACGAUGAUUUUGAUUUAUUUUAGGGUUUGUAUUUGGGGAUUUGGGAUAAUAAGAAUAGAUUUCUUAAUUUUUAUAUUAAUUGAAUUAUAAAAAUUAAAAUAAUAUUAUUUAAUGACAUGGCAUGCCAAAUCAGUGUUUUUUUGCUAAGUCAUUUACAGAAUAGUGUUUGACCAUCAAUAUUAACGGUCAAAGAAAAUUUUGGGACAAUUGUGUCCAAUAUUUUCCAAAGUAGGCCAUAAAUUUCUUAUUUAUAAAAUGAGAUAAGAACUGUCAAUUACGCUAAACUUCGGACCAAACUAGGGUAUUAACCCAAAAAAAUAUGUAAAAAAGUUUCCGCUGCCAGGAUUCGAACCUGGAUACAACGAUCGCAUUACCUAGCUUCAGGAUAUAAUUCAAACCUGGAUACAACGAUCGCAUUACCCAGCUUCAGGAUAUCUUGGAAUUAAUCUAUAAGGUUAUG